CCCGACUGCUUAAAGAUCCAGCGUGCCCGGAGGCCGCCAACCCCUCGAUCAGCCCCGCGCCGGUGGUGAAACCCUCUCCCGGCAACCAGUGGGCCGCUUGUUCACUCAGAUCAGGACCGUCUAGCGAGGCGGGGAUGGGUCGGGACGUCGAGACCCCAGAAAGCCAGUAUGGCUACAUCAAAAAGGUGUCGGGCCCCGUCGUGGUGGCCAGCCGCAUGGGCGGCAGCGCCAUGUAUGAGCUGGUCCGCGUGGGCGCCGAGAAGCUGAUCGGCGAAAUCAUUCGGCUGGAGGCAGACACAGCCACCAUCCAGGUGUAUGAGGACACAUCCGGCCUGACUGUCGGCGACAUUGUCAUCCGCAGCGGCAAGCCGCUGUCUGUGGAGCUGGGCCCCGGCAUCAUGGGCAACAUCUUUGACGGCAUCCAGCGCCCGCUCAAGCAGAUUGCCGCGGACUCCGCCUCCUGCUUCAUCCCACGCGGCGUGGACGUGCCCGCCCUGGACCGCAGCCUACAGUGGGAGUUUGAGCCCACAAAGUUCAAGGUGGGCGACCGCAUCACCGGCGGCGACAUCUACGGCGUGGUGCACGAGAACUCGCUGAUGGAUCACAAGAUCAUGCUGCCCGCCAACGCGCGCGGCAACAUCUCGUACAUCGCGCCCCCCGGCUCCUACACCAUCACUGACAAGGUCAUUGAGGUUGAGUUUGGCGGAACGAAGAAGGAGUAUAGCAUGCUGCAGCUGUGGCCUGUGCGCGCGCCGCGGCCUGUGGCGCAGAAGAUGCUGGCCAACACGCCGCUGCUGACGGGGCAGCGCGUGCUGGAUGGGCUCUUCCCCGGCGUGCUGGGAGGUACCUGCUCCAUUCCCGGCGCCUUUGGCUGCGGCAAGACUGUCAUUUCACAGGCGCUGUCCAAGUACAGUAAUAGCGACGGCAUCAUUUAUGUGGGCUGCGGCGAGCGCGGCAACGAGAUGGCGGAAGUGCUGAUGGACUUCCCACAGCUGACCAUGACGCUGCCCGACGGGCGUGAGGAGAGCAUCAUGAAGCGCACCACGCUGGUCGCCAACACUUCCAACAUGCCCGUGGCGGCACGCGAGGCAUCCAUCUACACAGGCAUCACGCUAGCAGAGUACUUCCGUGACAUGGGCUACAACUUCUCCAUGAUGGCCGACUCCACCUCCCGCUGGGCCGAGGCGCUGCGCGAGAUUUCGGGCCGCCUGGCGGAGAUGCCCGCAGACUCGGGCUACCCCGCCUACCUGGGCGCACGCCUGGCGUCCUUCUACGAGCGCGCCGGCCGCGUGUCUUGCCUGGGCUCGCCCAACCGCGAGGGCAGCGUGACCAUCGUGGGAGCCGUGUCUCCACCUGGCGGCGACUUCUCGGACCCUGUCACCACCGCCACCCUGUCCAUCGUGCAGGUGUUCUGGGGCCUGGACAAGAAGCUGGCGCAGCGCAAGCACUUCCCCUCCGUCAACUGGCUCAUCUCCUACUCCAAGUACAUCAAAGCGCUGGAGCCCUUCUACGAUUCCUUUGACCCCGAGUUUGUCAACUCCCGCAAGGCCACCCGCGAGAUCUUGCAGAAGGAGGACGACCUCAACGAGAUUGUGCAGCUCGUGGGCAAGGAUGCGCUGGCUGAGGGCGACAAGAUCACGCUGGAGGUGGCCCGCCUCAUCAAAGACGACUUCCUGCAGCAGAACUCGUACAGCAAGUACGACAAGUACUGCCCCUUCUACAAGUCCUGCGACAUGCUGCGCAACAUGAUCACCUUCUACAACGCCGCCAACGACGCGGUGGAGCGCACCGCGGCCGCCGCCAGCGCGGCCGACGGCAGCGGCGGCAAGAUCACGUACAACGUCAUCAAGGCGCGCCUGGGCGACCUGCUGUACAAGCUCAGCUCCCAGAAGUUUGAGGACCCGGCGGAGGGCGAGGAGGCGCUGAAGGCCAAGUUCAAGGCGCUCAACGAGGAGAUCCGCGACCGCUUCCGGGCGCUGGAGGAGGAGUACCGGUGA